AUGAAAAGACCACGAAAAUCAAAGAAAAUGGUUUGCAAGGAACAAUGGAUUACUGCUGAGUAUUAUCAACAAGAAAAAGAAGAAGAUGAAAGAAAAUGGAUCACACACUAUUGUAGUGAUCAUCAAAUACUUUUGGUGGGUGAUGGCGAUUUCUCAUUCUCCCUUUCCCUCGCUAAAGUUUUUGCUUCUGCUUCCAACAUUGUUGCUUCUUCUCUCGACACAUAUGCCGAGGUUACCAAGAAGUACAAGAAUGCAAAGUCAAAUCUAGAAGAAUUGCAGAAGCUGGGAGCAUACUUGUUACAUGGAGUUGAUGCUACUCAAAUGAAAUUUCACCCGGAUUUAAAAAUGCGGAGGUUUGAUCGCAUUAUAUUCAACUUUCCUCAUGCAGGCUUUCACGGGAAGGAAGAUAACUUGAUGAUGAUCAAGAUGCAUAUGGAUCUUGUGUUUGGUUUCUUCAAGAAUGCAAGUCACAUGCUUAGGGUCAAUGGCGAAGUUCAUGUCAAUCACAAAACUACUCCUCCUUUUGAUACCUGGAACAUAGAGAAGCUCGCCGAACAAAGCUUUCUGAUGAUGGUCGAGUGUGCUGAUUUCAAGCAAGAAGCUUAUCCUGGUUAUAAUAAUAAGAGAGGUCAUAGGUCUCGGUGUGAUGACCCGUUUCCUCUUGGUAAGUGCAGCACUUUCAAGUUUAUAUACAAUCCUAGAAGUAUGAAAGACCAUUUGAGGAGAACUCAUGUGGAGGUUUCCAGACAGCAAGAGAUUCACAACAUGGAGCAAAUUCCAGCUCCAGUUGUUUGCAACUAUCAUCCUCAAACAGUUCUCGUUCAACAACCGAAUCAACUUGGUUACUACCCUCAGACAAGUAUCUUUCCAAAAACAGAUCAAUUCUAUCAUUAUUCUCAGACAAAUCUCUUUCCAAAAACAAAUGAACCGAUGAGAUCAGAAUUUGACUUGAGAAAUGGAUACCAUACAAUCACAAACAAUGUGACAGAAAUGCAUGGAAGAGUUGCUUCUUCUGCUGACUAUUAUCAUUAUGCUCAAAGAUUGCUACAACCACCAAUGGAGUCAAGUUACAACCAAUUUUCACAACAGUGGCCGAUACCAACUAAUUGUAGACUUUGUUUUAUGGAACACCAUAGAAGAACAAUGGAUGUUGCUCCUUCCAUGCCACUUGGUGCUAGAAAUGAUGGCUACUACCAAUAUCAACAAGUCUAUGAAAGAAGCUCAACAUACUUGCAAGAGAACAAGUUAUUGUUAUGGUAUAGCAAGGCAUGA